AUGGCUCAGUGGGUCGAAGGGAUCCAUCCCACGCGUCCUGCUCUGGGCUCAGCGGCUGCACCAACACAAGAGGCCAAUGAUGAUGACGAGAUCGAAGCACCGUCCAUUCCUCUGCUGCGAUCUGUGCUCAAUGAGUGUGAGCGGUCUUUUGCUGCAGCAGACAAGACCAGAGCAAAGAGCAGUUCUCAGUUCUUUGACGAUAAGGGGCUCAUGGGCUUGUUGUGUCAUCACAACAACCUUCUCUUCCUGGCAAACAUCAAGACGCCUGGCAAACGCCAGUUCUACAUGUUCGCCCUCAUUGAAGCUUUGCUCCAGCAUUUGCCGACCGACUUUGUCGUUGGUUUCCUGUACGACAUUGCCUGCCAGUUGCAACGGUCAGCAGUAAAGUUCGACUUCCUUCCCCCCGCGUACAUGGAGAGAUUAGAGUGGGCAGUGUAUGUCCUGCACUCGUACGGGCAUGGCACUGCUUGCCAAGCAAUGUCUCAGUGGAAUGACACCAUCUUCAAAGAAGACGCGGAUCCUAUUUACGUCCACUUUGCAGAGCAAGAGUAUGCUAAAGCACAUGAGAAGCUGAGCAAGUUGGCGGAAUCAAGCAAGUACAUCCAGGUGCGGAUGAAUGCUGCCGCCGCCAAGACAAAGUUACGCAGCUGUUUGAGGCAGAGAAAGUUUGAGCUCAAUCGAGUCAAGUACGCAAAACUGACAACUCACAUCGAGGACGUAGUCAAACACCGCGACCAAAGUAUCAAAGAUCUGUGCAAACUCUACAACAACUUGUGCAAACAACUGCAGGAGCUCAUCGAUCUCCACCAUGCCCCACGGAACGCGGUGGCACCUGGACCAAUCAAUGAGAAGGACAUCUGGGGGCUGGAUGUUGAUGCUGAUGUCUGGCUGGACAUUGGUUUGACAGACAUCGACCAGGAGGUUGACCCGCCGUUGAGGAUGAGCAGCAAUUCUGUCCGCAAGGGCAUUCAGGCUCUACUCAAACGGGACCAAUGUGACGAGGAAGAGCAACGUCUAUAUCACGAGUGUCGGGCGCUGCGCUGGUGGAUGGCAGAGGAGUGGGACGUUGUUGGGUGGGCCCUGCAACUGGCAGGCAAGGCUAAUGAAGAGGCAGUCGUCUUCCAGCUCAAGCUUCGCCAGUCAGAAUUGACAAAACUGACCGCAGCAUGGGAGAAGCCGCUGCGACAAAUCCCGUACCCAACCGAGGGCCUCCCCCCUUGGGGUCCUUCAGACAGGGAUGUACUACAGAUUCGCAUCGAAGAUGUAUCUGCCCGUACGAGAGAUGGUGCCCCAAGCUGGGGGAACGACAAGUGGAAGGAUACCAAUGGGGAUGAGGACUCCAGUAGUGAGACUGAGUCUAACGGCGAGUCUCUGCCUUACAAUGAGUUGGAGGCCUUCGAGCGUGGCGGCAUUGUCUGGGAUGAGGAACUACUAUUAUAG